CUCGCGUCCGUCAACAUACGUUGAACUCCUAACAGCAUUAACUUCUCUGCUCCUCUCAUCACCUUAUGGAUCCACGAAAAUACAACUCCCAGAACUAUUCAUCUCGAGGAGCACCCCGCGGUGCACGGGCGCAUGAUGAUGUCGCAAAUCUUGGCAGCCUCUGACAUUGAACCUCGGUCUAUUUCGGAACUCGACAACCUCUCCUCCAUCGGGCUGGGGAACGUCUUGACGGCUUCCCGCCCGUUUCUCCACACGUCGGUGACCUCCCGGACUCGUAUUUUCUUCUUCCCCCGGUGUUGCUUCGUUGUUGUUGCCAUGAGAUAGCACUUCUGCAGCGCAAUCUAUUUCUUUACCCCUCUGCGACAACCCCGGAACUGUUGCCGUGCUCACAAGCCGUGCCAUCCUCCUCGGCUUUCUACAGAUAAUACACGACCACAAUGGCAGGACAGUCCAAAGUAGAGAUUUUGCCGCCAUGGGGCAACGCAAUCGCAGGCUCUGCUGGCGCUGUUAUCGCCAAUGCGCUGGUUUACCCGCUGGACAUUGUGAAGACGAGGCUCCAAGUCCAGAUGAAGCGCCCUCACUCCGCCGACUCCAAUCCCGCCGACGACCAGCACUACCACUCGACUAUCGAUGCUAUUUCCAAGAUCGUUAAAGCCGAUGGCCUCGGUGGGCUCUACGCUGGGAUGGCCGGUUCGCUGAUUGGCGUUGCUUCCACCAAUUUCGCCUACUUCUACUGGUACACGAUCGUGCGUGGUCUCUACUUUACGUACCGUAAGACGACCAGCGCGCCGGGCACUGCUAUUGAAUUGGCGCUGGGAGCGGUGGCUGGAGCCGUCGCGCAGCUCUUCACGAUACCCAUUGCGGUGGUUACAACGCGGCAACAGACUGUCAGCAAGGCAGAGCGAAAGGGCAUGUUGGCAACGGCCAAGGAGGUCAUUGAUAGCGAGGAUGGCUGGACCGGUCUGUGGAGGGGGAUGAAGGCCAGCUUGGUCCUUGUUGUAAACCCUGCCAUAACAUACGGUGCCUACCAGAGAUUGAGGGAAACUCUGUUCCCUGGAAAGAAAACCCUCCGACCCACUGAGGCUUUCUUACUCGGCUCUCUGUCAAAGAUGCUUGCAACCAUUGCUACCCAGCCCCUUAUUGUGGCAAAGGUCGGCCUGCAGUCCAAGCCACCGCCCGCGAGGAACGGCAAGCCUUUCAAAUCAUUCUCGGAGGUUAUGAGGUUCAUCGUCGAGCACGAGGGUCUUCUUGGCCUGUUCAAGGGCAUCGGUCCUCAGAUCCUGAAGGGUUUGCUCGUGCAGGGCUUCCUUAUGAUGACCAAAGAGAGAAUCGAAUUGAUGUUCAUCCUUCUCUUCAGAUACGUCCGCCAGCUACGCGCAAAGCAACUGCAGAAGCUCGCCGAUAUCGCUGCUGAGAAGGCCAGGCAGAGCGCUCCUGUUCUGGUGAAAUAGAGGGGAAAAGUCGUUGUCCGCAUUGCAUCUUCUUUCGGUUCCAAUGCUCUUCGUGUAAAUGUUGCAUCUCUGGGGUUUUUUCUAGCCCUAUUUCUGGGAAAGUCAUGUGCUAUCUAGACGAGGUAAGCUUGUGUUACAAGCUCUAGACUUGGUCGUUCCAGCUAGGCGUUUGGUAAUGCUAGGUAUAUAUCUCCUAUGGAAGGCUG